AUGACGCUGCCCUUCAUACCGGACGAAAUAUUGGCGGAGAUAAUGAAGGUUCUCGCUCAAGCCGAAGUGUCGUACCUUUCUCCAUUUGUUUGUGCUGGCAAGCGCACCUCCAACAUCGCAGGGACGGCGGAGGUGCUACAGAAAUGUAACUUCACAGAUUUAAUCCAUCAAAACCACGAGGACAUCAUGUCGGGUGGGAGAGUUAGACGUUUCUUCGAAAGGUAUUGCGAAGGCGGUAACUUGGAAGCCGUGUAUGUUGAAGGACUGCCUCGCCAUCCACUCAGCUGCAUUAUUCGCUGUAUGUUCUGGAGAUCGGCAAAAGGCGAGCGUAUUGUUUCAGAGAUCUUCGUCGAACCACAGCGGUCUCCAGGAAGAGAAUGCCAGAUUUCUCGGGAAUGA